AUUGACUUGUGUGCACAUCCCGAAGCAGCUUUUUUCCAACGGAGCAAUCUGCUGCCAUCAUCAUCAACGUUAAUUUUUUCCGUUACAACCAACAAGUGGAUAAAAAGCGUUAAAGAACUGUUAACCGGAUAUAAGAAAAUUAAAAAAGAGAAAAAACAGAAAAAGAUCCGAUUUAUAGUGUGUGAAAUAAUUUUCCAUUGUUUUUUGAUUUUUCAAUUAAAGUGUGUAAAGUGGCAAAAAAUAGUUUUCAAAGGUGCAGCUGAAAUUUUUAAAACGAAAUUUAUCAAAAAAUACACAGUGUUUGUAGAUUGAAAAUUAUUUAAAAGAAAUAGUUUUGAUUUUAACAGUGCAGAGGAGGAAUCCCAUUUUUGUGAUUAUUUCCGAUACUAAAUCAAAACCUAUACUUAACAAACAUGAAUAAGUUCUACACAUCAAUGAUCCUCAUCACAAUGAGUCUCACCUACAGCUAUUGUGAACCCUUCUCAGAGGAUUCAUCAGACUCAGCUAAUUCUCUUCUCGAAGCUGACUCCGAUGUUGCCAACAACGAUCCAAACUAUGACAAACGUGUGGAGCGAUAUGCAUUUGGUCUUGGACGACGAGCUUAUACCUACACAAAUGGACCAUCAGCAAAACGACUCCCGGUAUAUAACUUCGGUUUGGGUAAACGGGCUCAACCCUACUCCUUUGGACUUGGCAAACGAGUUGAUUUCGAUGACGAACAAUAUCAAGACGAAAUGGAUGGAAAUAACUAUGAUCAAUCUUACUACUAUGCUGGAAGCAAACGCACCAGACCGUACAGCUUUGGAUUGGGUAAACGCGAACCAAGUGGCCAAAAUAGCCGAUAUGCAUUUGGAUUGGGCAAACGGGACACUCGGCCAGAACGAUACGCCUUUGGACUAGGCAAGCGAGAAGGUGGAACCCGCAACGAACGAUACAGCUUUGGAUUGGGCAAACGCGAUGUCUCCGAACAACAAACUGCCCCCGUAAGACGUUAAGGACAUCCGACCUUCUGCAAACUCCAAUAUGACUCAGAACUCUUGAAAAAACUUUGUAAAUUUUUUUGACUUGACUCCCCAAUAUCGAUUUCGCUAAUGCACAUUGUCCUCCUAAUCUCAAAACCUUCAAAUCCAGCAUAAAUAUAUUACAUCAUACUCCAGCCGAGAUUACCAGGACAAUUGUGCAUAAUUUAUUUAUAUAAAUAUAUACACCACAGGUAGCAACAAUAUAUUCAUCAACAUAAACAAAACAAAACUAUAUUUAUAUAUAUAAUAUACAUAACUUUAUAAACAACCAAAAAAUUGUAAAAAAAAAUACAAAAAUAUUAACUAUACUACAAUACUUUCUAUAAAUGUUUUGAAAUGAAAUCAUUAAAACAACAAAAAAAUCUGUGUGCUUUCAUAAAAGUAUUGUAAUCAAUUUUGACGAACUAUAAAAAUAAAAACAUAAAUAAAUAAGAAAUAUUAAUAACGUAGGUACUUUAUGUAAAAUAAAAAGUUUGUUCUCCAAAGAGCCCUUAAAUUAAAACCAAAAAUAAAAAGAAAAAGAAAACCCUGCUAAAUAUAAUUUUGUUGGUUAAUUUUCUUGUGACUUAUUAAAUAUAUAAAAAUAACAACAAUUAACCAAAAGGAACAAGAAAAUUACUAUACUAAAAUUAACAACUACUAUUAACCCUUUCCAUUAUAUUGUUGAAAACUAUAUAAAGUGAUUGAGUGACAAAAAUACAACAUUUAAAGAAAUUAUAAUUUUAUAUAAAUUACAUUUUCAAUUAAAUAAAAAUAACUACAAAAAAUAAAACUAAGAAAAAAACAAAAUGUUUAUGAAAGAAUAAUCGCAGAUGUAUAAAAAUAUAAUUAAAUUUAAACAAAAAAA